AUGUCUUCAGGCGGCAAAUCAGGUAUGUCGGGUUCAGUCAACCCUACCCGACAGCAAGAACUCCUUUUGGCUGACACACAGCCCGGCACCUCGUAUGAUUACAGGUGGAAAGGCCAAGGCCGGAGCCGACUCCAAGACUCAGUCGCGAUCGUCCAAGGCCGGUCUUCAAUUCCCCGUCGGUCGUAUCCAUCGAUUGUUGCGACGAGGCAACUACGCCCAACGCGUCGGUGCCGGUGCGCCCGUCUACCUCGCCGCCGUGCUCGAGUACCUGGCCGCCGAGAUUCUCGAAUUGGCCGGCAACGCCGCUCGUGACAACAAGAAGUCGCGUAUUAUCCCGCGUCACUUGCAACUCGCGAUCCGCAACGACGAGGAGCUGAACCGUCUGCUCGGCGCCGUUGUCAUCUCGCAAGGUGGUGUCCUCCCCAACAUCCACUCCGAGCUCUUGCCGACGUGAGUCUUUCCGCCUGAUUUUCUGAUCCUUCGAUCGAGGCUGACAUACUUCUCAAACGUUCCAGUAAAUCCGCCAAGGCAAAGGCCAGCCAAGAGUUGUAAAUGAGCGAAGGGUCUGUUGAGCGCGGAGAGAUGUCGUUUCGAUUUUCUGAAGUUGUAGCUGUCUUAUUACACUUUGUUGCCAAAGCACCCUUUAUUGCGGGCUUUAUCGCGCGCGAUCCGUUGUGGACCAAACAUGGAGCACGUGACUUGCUCCACCUCCGCUGAGAUAGCGACGUCAGAAAAUGAGUCAAAAGACCGAUCUGAGCUUCAGCUUGCGCGCGUCGAACGCGGCUCUCUUCCUCUUACCUAUCAUCCCGCACAUCAAUCGAUUGAUUGAUCCUCAGCUAUCUGCAGACAAUGACAGAAACUCGGAGGCAUCAAACGAACAAUCCUUACGAGGCGCAAUUCGGCUAUUCUCGAGCGGUCCGCCGGGGCCAAUUCAUCUCCGUAUCCGGGACCACCUCGCUUUCGCCUACGACAGGCGACAUCCUGCAUCCGGGCGAGGCGUACGAGCAAGCGCUGGUCAUCUUUGCCGAAAUCAUCAAGGCCGUCGGAGCAUUGGGAGGAUCACAAGACGAUAUCAUACGGGUCAGGAUGUUUGUGACGCACGAAGAAGACACGACAGGGGUCGCUCGCGCCUUGAAGGAGACUCUCGGUCGCGUCACGCCGGCCGCGACCAUGAUUGUCGGAGCGCGAUUCGUGGACGCGAAGAUGCUGGUAGAGAUUGAGGGUGAUGCUGUGAUAGUAUGA